UCAAUCAAUCAAAGUAUACACAUAGAUUAAUGUUGAGUGUUGAUAAUUGUUCAUAAUUAAUGUGUCCACUUUACUCAAUCAAUCUUAUUGUUGUUGUUGUUGUUUGUUAAUCGUUGCCAAUUAAUAUUUGAUUGUUAAUAAUGAAAUUUGGACUCAAUUUAAAUCAUCAUCAUAUGUUAACUUCAAGAUCUGUGAUUAACUCAGUGUCUAAAUUAGCAUUGAGAUAUUUUUCCAGUCAAUUUAAACUACCAGAGCUUAGGAACUUUAAACCGGCAACUUAUGAGACUUGGAACCUUGAGAAGAUCAGGAAAGUUCAUGGUAAACAUUUGAAUCCAUGUUUACUUACAAUCUACCAGAAUCCACCGAUUCUGGUCCAAGGGAAGAUGCAAUAUGUUUGGGAUGAAAAGGGUCGCCAAUAUUUGGACCUUUUCGGCGGAAUAGUGACCACAAGUGUAGGUCAUUGUCACGAUAGAUUGGUAAAGGCUUUGACCGAUCAAGCGGGUAAACUUUGGCACACGAGUUCCCUUUAUGUUUACGAUGAGAUUUACCGAUUCACCGAUAAAUUGUUGGGAAAAUUUCCUUCUCAAUUGAAUAACGUUUUCUUUUGUAAUUCUGGUUCUGAGGCAAAUGAAUUCGCCAUCUUAUUGGCUCGACUUCACACCCAAUCUUAUGAGAUGAUCUCCUUGAGAAAUUGUUACCAUGGUUGCUCACCGAAUACCAUGGCUUUGGGUGGUAUUGGUACCUGGAAAUAUCCAAUACCAGGUUUACCUGGAUUCCAUCAUACAACUUGUCCUGAUCCAUAUCAAGGUCGUUUUGGUGGAUCAAAAUGUCGGGACUCGUUAAUUCAAACAACUCGUGAUUGUGAUUGUCCAUCGGGGGAUAAUUGUCAAGCAUCAGAUAAAUAUAUCCAAGACCUUGAUCAAGUUCUAACAACCGUAGUACCAAAAGGUAGAAUCGCAGGAUUCAUUGUUGAAUCGAUACUCGGUGUCGGUGGUUUUGUUCAAUUUCCAUCUAAUUAUAUCUCAAAAGCUUAUGAGAAGAUUAAACAACAAGGUGGAUUAUUUAUCUCUGAUGAGGUUCAAACAGGAUUCGGCAGAACGGGAACUCAUUAUUGGGGAUUUCAGGCUCAUGGAAUAGUUCCAGAUAUCGUUACCAUGGCCAAAGGAAUUGGUAACGGUUUCCCGUUAGCGGCCGUUGUAACCAGCGAGGAAAUCGCUUCGUCCAUGAAGAAAGCGCUAUUUUUUAAUACCUUUGGUGGUAAUCCGUUGGCUUGUCGAAUUGGCUCUGAAGUGAUUGACAUAAUCGACGAUGAGAAAAUGCAAGAAAACAGUUCGAUCCAAGGAAAGAAAUUACUUAUUGGCCUUGGAAAACUUCGUGAUAAAUAUCCCGACGUAAUUGGCGAUGUUCGAGGUAAAGGCCUAAUGAUUGGAAUAGAAUUAGUAAAGGAUAAGGAGACGAAGAAACCAAUCGAUCCUAAAGGAUUCGCUUCGAUACUUGAACAAUUUAAAGACAAUGGACUUCUAAUUGGUAAGGGCGGACCUUCUGGGAGCGUAAUCAGAAUCACACCGCCGAUGUGUUUGUCCGCUGCCGAUGUUGAUGUUACUCUUCAGAUCGCUGACCACAUUUUCUCAACUUAUCGACAUGUUGAUUGACCAAUUACUCCACAAUUAAUCAUCUAAAUUCGUGGCGAAAAAUAAUUUUAUAUGUAACCCGAACAUUGAGAGGAAAAAAAAAGUAUCGCGAUAACACCGAGGGCCGAUUGUAAUUAGAGACUUGAUUUUCUAUGAGCAAUUAACAAUUUGAUCGAAUUGAUUGAUUAAAUAUUAACAAGUUAAUUUGGUAAAUUAAAGGUGAAAACAGAGAAACGGAAAGAAAAAUGAGAAACAAUUUCAACUAUGGUCAACCUUAAUUUCUUGUUUAUAUUUGUUUUUGUGUAGGCAAAGGGAAUCUUGUUGGUUAAUUAGAUUGUUAAUUAAAAAAAACACAUUUGUGGUUUUCAUCAUCAA